GCAACCACUUCGCUUCGGGAAGGACGUAGCAGUCGCAGUCGCAGUUGCAGUCGCUGCUCUGCCAUCAGUCGCUGCCGGCGUGGCGCUUCUCUGCCCGCGAUAAGGACAUACUGCUUCGUAUUCGCAUUCGGAUACUCGCUUUCGGAUUGGGAUAUUCGGAUUCAGUCUGAGAUUCCGACUCCCGAUUCCGAUUCCGAUUCUUGCUUGGCCAGUCAGUUAGCCAAAAAGCAGCCUGCCAGUCGAGAGCGCCUUGCCAGCUAAUUUUUAGCCAGAAAAAAAAGCACACUCAUAACCAGGCCUAGACCUCCAUCACAAGUAGGAAUAUUAACAGUUAACGGUACCGCAGUGCGUUUUCAUUUCCGCCGCCUCCGCCUCGCAUAUAUCCAUGUGCUGGUGUAUCAGUGUGCGUGCGAGGGGGCGGGGGGCUGACUGUGUGGGCGUGUGUGUGUGUGCGGCCCGCGUCCGUGCGGGUGUGUGCGUGAGAGCGGUCGCGCGUGUUUAAUUAAUCAUAAAAUCCACGUCAAAAUGCAAAACCCGCCAAAGUAAAAAACAAAAGCAGAGCCAAGAAAGAGAGCGCCAACAUCAACAACAAAUCCAGAGAGGGGGGAGCAAGGGGGAGCUCUAACAAAAUGUGCAAUAAACUUGAUAUUGUUGGCAUCGCAUAUUUCUGGCAUCUCAAGUAAAUACUGUGCUGGUUUGCCGUCGGCAUCCGAGAGAUACUUUCCCCACACGACUGAAUAUACAAAGAUGGUGGCAAUAGAAGGAUAGCCAAAAAAUAUUCAAAAUCAGCAAAAGGAUCAAGAAGACGGCGCCUACAAAAGGUGCAGUCCAUGAGCAGAUUUCAGUGAGAGUUGCGAUCAGGAGGAGAUCGGGAGGAUAAUGUGUUCAAUAUUUCGCAACCGCAUCAAUUACCGCGGAACAGGCGCCACCAGGAGCGGCAGUGGAGAGCGGGACAGGGACAGGGAGCGAGAGCGAGACAGGGAUCGGGACCGGGACAGGGAGCGGGAGACGCUGCUGGCCAAGGAGCUGGAUGCGGAUAGCAACAACAAUGGCACUGAGCCGGCACUGGAAAUGGACACGGUUCCCGAAUCGGAAAUGGGCGACGAACAGGAGCAGGAGCAGGGCCAGGAGUUGGUGCAAAAUCAGGACCAGGAUCAGGAUCAAGAGCUGGACAACAGUAACGAGGCCCUGGACCUGUCGGUGAUAUCUUCGGGCGGUCGAGGGGGCGCACUUCCGGGCAGCGGUCACGUCUCCCUGGAGGCCCUACAACAUACCAAAGUGGCGGUGGCCCAGUUCGCGGCCUCCGCUUUGGCGGCCGGAUCCGUUGGCGGUACCGGCUCCCAGUCACAGGCCGACCUGGCCAUGGUGCAGUCCACCAUCUUUAAUGUGCAGCGGCAGCAUCUGAUGCAGCUGCAGCUCAUCCAGCAUCUGCAGAGUCAAUUGAAACGGGCGGAGGCCGCCGCCCUGGGCAGGAGGCAGUCCCAAAGCGAGGAGGAGGACGAUCAGCCGGAUGAUGAGGAGCCCAAGAAGCAGCCACCGAAUGGGUUGAAAGUCAAAGAGGAAGAGGCGGAGGCUGACACGGAGGUGCUCGACCCUGAGGAUAACUCCAAAAAGGUGCCAGAGCGAGAGGUGGAGCCGCAGGAGAGUUCAAAGACUGACAAGGAGGAGAGCAAGUCAAAGGAGCAAGGUGAGCAGGCGUCGGGCUCGGAAUACCACCAGCCGCUGAUGUGCGACAUUAGUUCCAGCCUGGCCUCGAGCAUCAUCACCAACCACGACCCUCCGCCGGCUCCCAACGAGCCCAACUGCCUGGAGAUGCUGCAGCGUCGCACGGAGGAGGUGCUGGACUCCGCCUCCCAGAGCCUCCACGCCGCUCAGCUGCAGGAGGAGUACUCGGAGUACGCCUCCAAGGAGGCCCAGAGUCGGGGUGAGAUCUUCAAGCACCGCUGCAAGUACUGCGGCAAGAUCUUUGGCAGCUACUCGGCGCUGCAGAUCCACCUGCGAUCCCACACCGGCGAGCGUCCCUUUCACUGCAACGUUUGCGGCAGCAAGUUCACCACCAAAGGAAAUCUUAAGGUGCACUAUCAGAGGCACACCCAGAUCUUUCCUCCCAUGUUGCUGCCGCCGGGGGUAGGUGCGACACCGCCAGGCCAGGGCGAGCAAUUCCCAGUGCGCCUCCCCUUUGCUCCUCCAGGGCCACUGGCGCCACAGGAGCAACAGGGUCGACAGGAUAGCCACGGACAACAGCAAGAAGUGCCAGAGGAGAUGCGGUCAGGUGAAGGGCAGGCGGAGCAGGCACUACCACAGGCGGAGGAUCUCAGCAGGCCAGUCAGGGAGCGGGAGAGAGAAAAGGAAAGGGAGCGGGAGAAGCCCAAGGAACCGGAGAAGAUCUCGAGAACCUCUCCGGAAAUACCGCCAGAGAUCAAGCAGCCACCACCCGAAAUCCCAAAGCCCGAAAAGGACACCUCCAAAGGACACCCAUCGCGGCGCAAUGGCUCGGUGCGCAAGCGCCAGGCCAGCAGUGCUGCCGGAAGUCCUCCGCAGGACGAAAGGGAUCGCGACCUAGCUGAACAGCUGCACAUUGCCAAGCUGGUGAGACGUUCCUCAUCCUCCUCCUCGGCCAGUCGCGACCAACAGCCGGCGGCAGAGUACUCCCUGGCCCAAAUGGAGCGCAUCAUCGACAAAUCCUGGGAGGACCUUAUCGAGAUCGACAAGACCUCGGAGACGUCGAAACUCCAGCAGCUGGUGGAUAACAUCGAGAACAAGCUGACGGAUCCGAAUCAGUGCAUCUUCUGCCAGAAGGUCAUGUCCUGUCGCAGCUCUUUGCAGAUGCACAUAAGGACCCACACCGGCGAGCGCCCUUUUCGCUGCAAGAUCUGUGGCCGGGCUUUCGCCACCAAGGGCAACCUGAAGGCCCACAUGAGCAUCCACAAGAUCAAGCCGCCGAUGCGGAGCCAGUUCAAGUGCCCGGUGUGCCACCAGAAGUUUUCCAACGGCAUUAUCCUGCAGCAGCAUAUCCGCAUCCACACGAUGGACGACGGCAGUGGCCAGGGGGCACCGCCUCCUCCGCCCAACUCCAGCGAGGCCGAACGGCUGGGCAUCGAGGACCAGAACUCGAACAAGUCGCUGGGCACCUCCGACACCCUGGAUUUCUCGACCACCAUCUCGGACCACUCGGGCCAGCGAUCCGAGUCCUCGCAGGGCGGCGACUUUGACGAGUUUAUGACUAUGGACAGCACCGACGACUCCAGGGACAACUCCAGUGCCGCCACGGCCACCCCGCAUCCAGGGGACAGGAGAUCGGGUGGAUUAGGGCCUCCCAAUGAUGGCUCUGACGAGAGAUCGCGCUCGAAUCCGGAUCUCGGGGGUGGACGCAGCGAGAGUGGGGACCUGCCCGCCAUGGACCUCUCGUCGCCCUCUUCGGCUUCGGGAAGAAUUUUCGGACCUGGUCUAUCAAACGGAACCGGAGGUCCAGGUGUAGCCGGAGCGGGUGGUGGCCUGCCCAUGCUGGGUAUGCCCAUGCCUCCGAAUCUGCUGCUGAUGGCCGCCGCCCGGGAGGAGAUGCACGCCCUGGGCCAGGCCCACGCCAAGUUUCCGCUGCUGCCCUUCGGUCCUCUAGGAUUUAUGGGUCUGCACCCGCCCCCCAAUGUUUGCAACCUCUGCUUCAAGAUGCUGCCCAGCUUGGCCGCCUUGGAAAGUCAUCUGCAGACGGAACAUGCCAAAGAAUCGGCGCCGGGGCAUGGUCAUGGCCACGCCCCCGCCUCCACAGUAGCAGCAGCAGCAGCCGCAGCCCUACGCCCACAAGCCAGUGAAGCAGGAUCGCCCUACGGAGCCAAGCUCACUCUCAAUCCCAAUCUGUUUGCGAAGAAGUCUUCGAGUGACAAGCUGCCGCAGCCUGAGUCUAGCGGCUCGGAUGGGGGGGCUGCCUCCAUCAAAGAGGAGCCCGAUCAGGAGCAGCCCGUCCGCGAGGAGGGUGCUUCUCCGGCGGAGGGCUCUGGCGUGGCCGGUGGAGGCGCCGCCAACUAUCCCCAGGACGCCGUCGACGCCGAGCAGAGCCUGAUGAAGAUGCAGCUUCAUGCCCAUCGCUUCCCGGCCAGUCCGCUCGACUUCCAGCAGGCUCUCAUGUCUGCCGGACCGCCGAGUUCCAGCCUGGAUCCGCCGGUGAACAACAAGCACUUCUGCCAUGUCUGCCGCAGAAACUUCAGCUCCAGCUCUGCCCUCCAGAUCCACAUGCGCACCCACACGGGCGACAAGCCCUUCCAGUGCAACGUCUGCCAGAAGGCCUUCACCACCAAGGGGAAUCUGAAGGUACACAUGGGCACCCACAUGUGGACAAAUCCCACUUCGCGACGCGGACGUCGGAUGUCCUUGGAGCUGCCCAUGCGUCCCGGGCCGAACUCUGGAGCCGGUCAUCCAGGAUCCAGUGCCGAGCAGGAGUUUAUGCAGCGACGCCCAGAACUCUUCUUUCCCUACCUGCCACCCUUUUUCAAUGGAUUGCCGCCAAAGCCUGGUGAACUGAGCCCUAGCGCUUUUCCCAGCAUUCCCCCGCCCCCCUUUGCCAAUGGCGGCAAGUAUCCAUAUCCGCCCGGACUUCUGGGCUUUCCAGGGUUCCUGGGACAGCAUCCCUAUGCCCUGGAGAGGAGGAGCAGCAGCAAGUCACCCACCCCGGAGCCGGCCCAGAGUCCAUCCUUGCGGGAGGAUGAGGCGGCAGGUGGGAACAUUUGGCAUCCGCUUAGUCGGAUCAAGGUGGAGAGCAAUCAAAACGACGUAAUGGGCCACGAAGCGGAGGAGCCUGGUCAGGAUCAGGCGGAGACAGGAACCGUUGGUGGCGGGGAUCCCGAGGAAACCGACGAAAACUAAGUUGAUACUUGACGGGGCAAUACCGAUGGUUUUUGUGGAGUACAUAUCUUGAGCAUACCCUACUCUAAGCUUCAAAGUAGCACCGACACAAACUCAAACACCCAUCCCCACACACACACCACCCACACCACCCCCACACCUCUACAUAUACGAAUAUAUCCUUUGUGUCUAUACAUAUAUAUAGUAAAGUUAAAUGAUAGCGA